UUCUUCUCCUUCCACCAUGAGAAACUAGAAUCCUCUUCUCAAAACUAUAAAUAGGUCCCCUAUCCUCCUUCAAUCUCAUCCUGUGAAGACUCCAGCAAUCUUGCAUUUAAGUCCGACGCUCUUUCGAAUCAAACAAUCUCUCGAAGCUUUCAGAAUUUGUCAAAAAUGUCGCUCAUUCCAAGCUUCUUCGGUGGCAGGCGCACCAAUGUGUUCGACCCAUUCUCUCUAGACAUUUGGGAUCCUCUGGAGGGAUUCUUCAACUCUACUCUAACCAACGUCCCCUCCUCGGCGCACGAGACCUCUCAAUUCGCCAAUGCAAGGAUUGAUUGGAAGGAGACUCCCGAAGCCCACAUUUUCAAGGCUGAUCUUCCGGGGAUGAAGAAGGAGGAAGUGAAGGUUGAGGUUGAAGAAGGCCGGAUUCUUCAAAUUAGUGGAGAGAGGAGCAAGGAACUGGAGGAGAAGAAUGACAAGUGGCAUCGCGUGGAGAGGAGCAGCGGGAUAUUCAUGAGGAGGUUCAGGCUGCCUGAGAAUGCUAAGAUGGAUCAUGUGAAGGCGAACAUGGAGAAUGGAGUGCUCACUGUUACCGUGCCCAAAGAGGAGGAGAAGACGCCCGAAGUCAAGCCAAUUGAGAUCUCUGGUUAAGCGAUGUCGUAUUGCGGGAUGCAGUCCUGUGUGUUGUGUUGUGUGAUUUAAGUUGCCUUAUUGAGUCGUGUCCAUGGAAGUGAGUCUAAGGAGUAUUUUGUCAAUUUGUCUUUUGUAAGUUUGAGUCAAAAUAAAUAAAUUGUUUGUAUUUUUGUUUUCCAAA